GUCACGCCGCCAAGCGACAAUUCGUUGUCCCAAGUUUUGACGGAUAGAAAAAUUGACAUUUGCAAUUGUCAAUACGAGUUUGUUUGUGAUGAAAAAAUGUGUUAACGAAUAAAUGACUAAAGAGGAAACACUUAUAAUGGGUCUACUGACGGUAUUGAAGAAAUUGAAGCAAAAGGAGAAAGAGACGCGGAUAUUGAUGCUUGGUCUUGAUAAUGCUGGGAAAACGACUGUAUUAAAAAGAAUCAAUGGGGAACCAAUUGACACGAUAUCGCCGACUCUCGGUUUCAAUAUCAAAACUCUCGAGCACCGAGGAUAUAAGUUGAAUAUCUGGGACGUGGGUGGUCAAAAAUCAUUACGAUCUUAUUGGAGAAACUAUUUCGAAUCGACGGAUGGUCUUAUUUGGGUUGUGGACAGUGCCGAUCGUCGUCGAUUGGAGGAUUGCAAAGUGGAGCUUUACAAAUUGCUUCAAGAGGAGCGUCUUGAAGGUGCUAGCUUGCUUGUAUUUGCUAAUAAGCAAGAUUUGCCUGGAGCUUUGUCAGCUCCGGAAAUCGCCGAGAUUCUAGAGCUACCGAGCAUCAAAACUCACCAUUGGCAAAUUUACAAAUGUUCUGCUGUUACAGCUGAAAAUUUAUUGGAAGGAAUUAAUUGGAUCGUCGAUGAUAUUGCUGCCAGAAUUUUCUAUCUCGAUUGAGAAGUAAUUGUUAAUCUAAUUAGUUUAUGCCGUUCCAACAUUUAUCGCUGAAAAUUUAUUUAUUGUUACGUCAAUUCCUCUUUUUUUAUUUUUCUAAAUAAGCCCAAUAUUCACAAUGUAUUACAUCUACUAGGUAUCUCACAUUAAAAAUAUUCAGACAAGAA